CACAAUCAGAAUGAGCCUGUGAGUCGGGCAGCAGAUGAGCCCCCGGUCAGAGUGAUGGGAGGAGUGUAGAGAAACACAAGUGUUGUUUCCCUGUCUCCUUGUGACACAAGUCGCUUCCUCCAGUAAAGAAGACACAACGAUGGCUGCUCCAAACACAUCUUCUUUAGUCUAUGACUUUGGCUCAAUUUACGAUGAACUCAACUUCACCUACAAUGACUCCGAGUUCUUCAUCGACCAUGAGACGCAGCCCUGCAGCCCCUUCUCCCCCUCAGACGCAGUCAUGGUUGGAGUCGGUAUAUUCUACAUCCUCGUCUUCCUGCUGGCCAUCCCUGGAAACCUGGUGGUGGGGCUGGUGAUCGGCCUCAGCAAUAAGGCGCUGCCGCCCUCUGACCUCUACCUCCUCCACCUGGCGCUGGCCGACCUCCUGCUCGCCGUCACUCUCCCAUUCUGGGCCGUCUCCGUCACGUGGGGCUGGGUGUUCGGAGACGCCAUGUGCAAAAUCAUCACCAUCCUCCAGGAGCUGAGCUUCUACUCCAGCAUCCUCUUCCUGACGUGCAUCAGCAUGGACCGCUACAUGGUGAUAGUGCGCGCCAUGGCUGCUCGCAAGGCGAACCGACAGCUGGUCAGCUGGGGAGUCUGUGGUGCUGUGUGGGCUGUGGGAGCGUGUUUGUCUAUGCCGGGCCUCUUCAGUACUUCUCUCUCUUCUGGAAACUCCAGUCGGACGGCCUGCACUGAACAUUACGAAACCGGCACCGCCGACAAGUGGCGGCUGGCCACCAGGAUGCUCCGCCAUUCCUUGGGUUUUGUCAUCCCCCUGGCCAUCAUGCUGCCCUGCUAUGGAGUCACCAUCCGGCGCCUCCUUCACGUCCGCGGGGGCUUCCAGCGGCAGCGGGCCAUGAGAAUGAUCGUGGUCGUGGUGGUCGCCUUUCUGCUCUGCUGGAUGCCGUACCACAUUGCGGUGAUGGCAGACACGUUUUUCAGGACAAAGAUAGUUCCCUACCGGUGCCCAGCAAGGAUGGCGGUGGAUCAGGCCAUGUUUGCCACCCAGAGUCUCGGCCUGCUCCACAGCUGCGUCAACCCGCUGCUGUACGCCUUCGUGGGAGAGAAGUUCCGGAAGAGGUUGCUGCAGCUCAUGAGGAAGGCUGGCGUCCUGGAGAGAGCAUCAGUGUCGAGGGCGAGCCGGUCCUCAAUGUCCUCAGAAAUCACAUCCACCGUCAUGUGACAACUUUCAACCAUUCAGACCAUUUACUGCAGGGAUUCACGUUUUGGACAAAAAGGGCCGGUUUUCAUUAUUAACUGCAAUAUUAUUAAACUCACCAAAGAACCAUGAGCGCUUCAUGAAAUGUAUAAAUACCUUUUCAUACUAUGAUCCAUUCUCUUUUGUUUUUGUUUAUCCAGGUUAAGCCACAAAUAUUUUAUUUGUGGUCAACCAUUUUAGUCCCAUCAGUGAAGCUUUGCACUGAGGAAACUGUGGGAAACUUAUUUGUCGAGUCUACAUUUCAACAUGAUGAUAUCUACGUGUCACAACACAGUAGAGAAGCAGCAGAAGACAGAAGUGGACAGUUCAGAAGUGUGUGUGAACUAUCAAGAUCCUUUUCUGCGAUUCAAAUUUACAAACCAAUGUGACCAUCCUUUGAAAAAGCAUUUUAAGAUUUUUUUUUUAUACUAAGACUUUCUAUUCAAAAAUCUGAAAGAGGAAAAAGGUAUAACAUUAUUAGAAUCAAGUUUUAUUGAGCUCGCAGGAGUUCCAUUACGUCUGCCUUCUGGAUUCUAAAUGGCUGAUCACUGUCGACCGCCACCACAUUUCCUCCUUCACAAAAGUGACAAUAUCUGUGUGGUUCUUUCUUCAGAAUAGACGCUUGCACAUUCCUUCCUUACACUUCUGACAAUGUGAUGCUCAUGUGAUAUGUAUUAAGUAAUAUGUAUUUUUGUUCCACAUUCUUCUUUUUAUCGCAGGCGACAAACAGAUCUGAUGAUAUUUACAAAUUGCGUGAAAGUACGACUUUAUUCUCAUAAAAAUCUUGUAAUGUUACUUUGUUCUCGAAGUGGCCGUGCUACUCCAUUGUGAUGCUCAAGCUCAGCAGCUCUCUUGUACAGAACUGUAUAGCCUCAUAUACGUUUUUAUAGUCAGCUAUUGAUUUUGAUAGGAUUGUUUGAGUUUUUUGUAUAAGCCGAAUACAACAGGUUGUUAUUCACAUGUGUUUAUCAAUAAAGUGUCAUACAAUUAUGAA